CCAGCACCCACUGCGACGCAAGCCCUGCUGCGUCUUCUUGGUAACCGAAUGGUCGGAGGCUCGCUUGGUCGUGAUUUGUUGUUUGUCCAGUUUGUCCACCAGGUCCAGGGCACCUGGCCCGUAGGGCGAUUACUGCCACUAGUUGUACCUAUACCUCUCGUUUAAAGCAAGAUACCUGUGGCCCCAAGCGAAGACAGGCUGGACCACAAGAUUGACUGUUCCAGCCUGUUUGAAACCACCUGCCUCGACUAGCUCCCUAGAGACCUCUGUCCGGUCGACGAUGGGGCAGAAGGAGAAAAGAGAAGUGCACGCAUCUUACAGACAGAUAUAAGGCUGGGAUGGAACCCGUUCUCCACGAUGGGUUCCUUAACCACCCCAAAUCGUCACUCACCUAUAUCACCUACUUACCCCUUUCUCGCUGGCCGAGGAUCAUCAGGCAUAUACCUAGGUAACUAUCAAUUCGACCAUAGCACGGAAUCCUUCCACAAGCCACCACCUCACUGUUCCUACCUCAUACCGCAUUGUUACCGCUCAUCUUGUCUCGUCUUCUCAAAGCUCUCUCGAACCAACAUGGCAGGCCGAGAGCAGUCCUCCGCGUCUAUCCAGCCGCAAUGGGAAGACAUAGGGGGCGGCAUCCAUGUAACCGACGAAGGAACAAGCUCCACCUUCAUAAGAGUGAUACCAGAAUGGCACAGGCAGCCGAGUUUGGGGGAUCUGUUGGAAUAUGGAAAGGCUUUCUUUGAUUAUGUCGAUACCCAUCCACGUUACCGUGGCGUGUUUUCGACUCAGCCGAGGGAUGGUCGACCCGGAAGUCGCCUGGUUGCGACGCUCUCUUUCGCAUAUGAGGACCUUACGGGCCGCACGAAGUUCCAGGUCUUCCAGAGCACUAUUCCUAGGGGCGUCUGGAGAGCCUACAUGCUGGAGAAUGGGGAACGCCAGGCCCCCCUAUGGUGGCAAGAGGCGAUCGUUAAGCCGCCCGAUUUGGGAUCACGCAGGGUGGCUCUUCAUGCCGAGGACAGUGCCAUAUUCCUUUGCAACAACAAAUUCCCGGACUUUAAUUCGUUUGACAUCUGGCCUUAUAUGGUCGUUUACGGAACCGCUGCGGGCAGCGCCCUUGGGGAGGUCCCCCUUUGCACCACCAGAAGCUCAAAGAACUCUCAUUGCCAGGAGGUUGCACGCAGAAUGGGGAUCCUGUUCACGCCCAAUCGACCUUUAGUCCGGAACAUGGACGUGGCAGAGAACCUAUCAGGGUCCGGGGGCCUAUCCUACAACCACUACACUACCGAGGACGAACUUCGCGACAGAAGGGGUCCCGGUGGGGACUACACUGCUAGUAACAAUAACUUUACCCAGACAGGCCCGUCAGGCUUUCCCCGCCAGGUCCAGGGUGACAGUCGCACAGCCGGACACGGCGAUCUCUCCGGCCUCACCAAGGACAUGUCAAAGCUUCGCGUGAGCGGCAGCAGCCAUCGCAAAUCGCAGAGCCGAUCUUCCGCGCAGUCAACGCGGGCUCUACCCGGAUCCCAAGCUCGGCCGCCUACGACAUCAUCGCAAGCUCGGCCAUCCACCAAGACAUCCGCCCCACGGACGUCUGCCGAGCGCCUGCCUCCCACCAGCCACAGUUCCGAUAAACAUGGCCGAUUGAUGGGGACGAGAUGAGGUUGCCCAAAGGACAGUGGGGAAGGAAUAGAGAGAGGGGGAGAGAAGGGAUGCUGGACAUCCUCUGGGUAGUGGUAGAGAAGAGUGGAUGGGGCGUCUCCCUGGCCGAGACGUAGAUAAUCGUAGAUGACAUGAAAGAUUUUUGGAUAUGCAGUCGAGACGGGGAGGAAGUAGAAUUCGGACGUCGGCUGGCCGAGACGCGGAUAAUCGGCAGAUGGGAUGAACGAUUCUUGGAUAUGAAGUCAAGACGGCAGGAUAUAUAAUUUGGACGUCCGCUGGCCGUGACGUGAUGAGUAUCAGUAUAGACAUUGGUUAGGUGGGUCUCAAAAGAGCUAGCUGGGGGUUCGAGGCAGUCAUUAUGCAGGUAGUAUUUCGCUGGCCUAAGUACAGUACUUUGUAUAGACUACUAGGAGUAGUUGAUAUAUGCUCACCCUGUCACCUCCGGAGUUCUCUAUCAAGACAUCGGCUUCUCUCCUAGGUCUUCUACCGAG